CGCACGCGCCGGACGGGCUCCGGGCUCGCCGCUCGCUCUCCCCCCCGACCCCCGCCUUCGGCCGCCUGGCGCGCCCGCCGGCCCGUCGGCGCUCGCUCGGGGGCGCCCGCUCGCACGGCCCCCCGCCCCCCCUCGGCCCCUGUCAGGACGGCCGGGCGCGGGCCCUCACGCGUACCUUCGGCGGCGCGAGCCCCAGCCUCCUCCUCCUCCACCGCCUCUUCUUUCCUCCCCCCCCUUCCCCGCCCCCACGGCCACCAACCGCCGCCACGGCCGCCGCCGCCGCCGCCGCCGCCGCCCCCCCACAUGCCCUCCGCCCCUCGCGCGUGCGCCUCCCACAAUCCCCCCCGCCGGACCGUUCCAUUCCGGCCGCCGCGGGAGCGGGAGGGGGGAGGCCCGGCGCCUCGGCGGGGCCGCCGUGAGGGCUGCAGCCCGGGCGAGGGGCGGGCGGGGGCCCGGGACGACUCACCGCCGCGGCCGCAGCGCCGCGCCUCCGACGCUGGCUUCCGUGCUCGGCCGCCGGGCCCCGGUGGGCGCGUCGAGGGCGGCCCGGCUCCCCUCCGCCGGCUGGCGGGUGGACGCCGCGGCGGCUGCGCGCUGAGCAGCUUCCUGCCGAACGGCCCGAGCUCGCGGGGCGUUUGCGGGCAGCGUGGGGAGUGGGCAGCGCGGGGAGCGGCCGGCCCUCGGCGGCGCGUGCGGCUCGCGGCCCCGGGACCCUCGCAGGGGAAGGAGCCGGCGCUAGCGGGCUGGGAGCGGGACCCGAGCGCCCACCAGGCGCUCCAUGUGUGCUCUGGGCGACGUCCGUGCACCGUCUGCUGCACAGGUGCGGCCCACCACUUUGAUUUGCCUGAGCUCACAGCCGCGAUGCUGAAAAGGGUGACGAGGCUUGUCCCCAGGGCCUGCCAGUUGGACCCUGGGCGUUUUUUGCAUGGGGGGCCCCAGGCCCCCAUAAGCCUUGCUGCUCGCCUGGAUGACCAGGUUCCGGAUGAGAGCCCCAGAGCGGGUUCCCGCCCCAGCGAGGACGACCCGGCCGGGACCUGCGAGCAGCGCGAGGGCCGCCACUACCGCAUCCCCCUGCAGGACCUCCCGACCGUGUUCCCCCACGGCCUGCCCCGUCGCUUCAGCCUGCAGGUGAGGACCUUCAACGAAGCCUGCCUGAUGGUGAGGAGGCCGGCCCUGGAGCUCCUGCGGUACCUGGACGACACCAAUUUCGCUCACCCGGCCGUGCGGUACGUGCUCUAUGGGGAGAAGGGGACAGGAAAAACCCUCAGUCUCUGCCAUGUUGUUCAUUUCUGUGCAAAACGGGACUGGCUGAUUGUGCAUGUUCCCGACGCUCACCUAUGGGUGAAGAGCUCCCGGGGCCUCCUGCGGUCGGCCUACAGCAGGCGGCGCUUCGACCAGCCCGUGGAGGCUGCCAGCUGGCUGAAGAGCUUCAAAACGGCCAACGAGCGUUUCCUGAGUCAGAUAAAAAUUCAGGAGACAUACAUGUGGAAUAAGCGAGAAAGCACCGAGAAAGGCCAGCCUCUGGGAGAAGUGGUGGAGCAGGGCCUGACGCGGGUGAAGAAUGCCACGGAUGCCGUUGGGAUCGUUCUCAAAGAGCUCAAGAGUCAGAGUUGCUCGGGUGCUUUCCGUCUCCUGGUGGCGGUGGAUGGAGUCAAUGCUCUCUGGGGAAGGACCACGCUGAAGAGAGAAGAUAAGAGCCUGAUGGCCCCCGAGGAGUUGGCGCUCGUGCACAGCCUGAGGAAGAUGGUGCGGAACGACUGGCACGGAGGCGCCGUGGUGUUGGCGCUGAGCCAGACCGGGUCCCUCUUCACGCCACGGAUGGCCUAUCUGCCGCAGGAGCUGCUGGGAAAGGAAGGAUUUGAUGCCUUGGAACCCUUUGUUCCCAUCCUGGUCUCCAACUACAGCCCAAAGGAGUUUGAAAGCUGCAUUCAGUACUACCUGGAGAACAGCUGGCUGCAGCACGAGAAAGCUCAUACAGAAGAAGGGAAAAAGGAGCUGCUGUUCCUGAGUGACGCCAACCCCGGGCAGCUGGAGCGGCUCUGCGCCUACCUUUAAGCCGCGUCACGGCCCGCAUGGAGGACGGGGGACGCUUCCCGUCCCAGACGCUGUCAGGACCCGAUGCCGCCGGGAGGAGUCCGCUCCAGCCUCCAGGGAAGACGGACAUUAGUGCCCUGAAGUGUCCCUCUUGUUCCUGAAAGCAGUUUAUUAGGUGGGGUUCUCAGAUUUUAAGUAAUUAUGGUCUUUCCCGUAAAUAAAGUAUCUUUCUUAA